AGUAUAUAGCAGGAUGCUAGUCCAAUGGUAAACCAUUCACCUAAUAUCCCUGGGUAAAACUUGGUUGAGAACGUUUGUGACCACCCCCCUCUCCUUCCCGAUCUUUCUGAUGUAAUUGGUCUACCCUGAUCAUGUGAUGUACAGGAUGUAAGGGAGUUGCCCAGAGAGGCACAGGAAAUUCGCAGCUUGUACUUAACCAGCUUGAUACCGAGCAGACAGCGAUAUUAUACAGCGUCCAGCAGCAGUUCAGUUCCUUUGUUUUACUUCGUACCCAUACGUCGACGAGAGAAUUUCUCUGUGAAACUGCCACUUAUUAAGGUUACAAAUGGCUGCAACUAUGAAGCUUUGUGUACUUCUUGUUGUUGUGCUCUUCAUGGCAACCAAUAUCGAAGGCCAAAAGAAGGGUUGUCCACGCAUCUGUGUUUGUAAGCGAGGAACAGUAUACUGCAACCAUCGCAACCUGAAAACCAUACCUGCUGAGAUACAGCCUUCAACAAAGAGCUUGUACCUUCAAGGGAACAAUUUCACUGUGAUUCGCUCAAACACAUUCCAGAACCUGACCAACCUAGUGCGACUGUCGCUGGCUGUCAGUAACAUUCACGUUCUUGAGGAAGAUGCUUUCAAGGGGCUGAGAAAACUGAGAUACCUCAACCUCCCAAAAAACAACAUCAGUCAGAUAGCAAGUAGACUCUUCAAAGGUUUCAGCACACUACAACUUUUGGAUCUAGAUGAUAACAAUAUUCAGACUCUUCCUAGUGGCCUGUUCAUAAAAAUGCUCAGUCUUAAGACAUUGCACCUUGAUAGCAACAACAUAAGUAGUCUGCAAAAAUUUACCUUUCAAGGGCUAAAGAACUUGCUGGACUUGAACCUCAAGCAAAACUCUAUAACGAGCAUAUCAAGUAAAGCCUUUGUUGGACUAGAGAACUUGCAACACCUAUACCUAAAUGGGAACAAGUUGCCUGCAGUGCCGACCGCAUCUCUUGCAGAAACCAAGAACCUCUACCUGCUUCAACUUGCCGACAAUGAGAUAGAAAUUCUGGAAAACAAUGCCUUUGCCAUGCUUCAACAACUUACCUACCUGUUUCUGGGAGGAAACCAACUGAAAGACUUACCAACGGAUCCAUUCAAUGCGCUUCCGAGUCUGAGAACACUAAGCCUUCACCGUAACCAGUUCACAACACUCAACACCACUUCCUUCAGAAACUUGUACUCACUUGAAGCCUUAGACUUGUCAAACCAGACAAUUGAGUGGAUUGGGUCUGUGUCAUUUGUUGGUCUUGUAGCACUGGAAUCCCUGUCCUUGUACAACAACAGUCUGCAAUCCUUGGAGGAAGAUGUGGUCCUCCCACUGUUGCAGAUACGGAGCCUGAAUCUCAACAACAACCCCUGGCGAUGCGACUGUGAACUGCAGGGACUGUGGGAGUGGCUGCAGGACACCACGGCCAGAACCCGUGUCACCUGUCAAUCACCCGAGUCACAGAGAGGGCAGGAGCUGCGAUUCGUCAAACAGUCGGCCUUGGCAUGCGGGACAUCCACCCCUGCUGAGUACAUCUCUACAACACAGCCAACUAAGAGGGAUAUUGUCAGCACUGCACAAGUAGGUACAACAUCUGUUAAAGUCAUCCCAACUCAAAUGUCAUCAACAGUCACCACCAGAAGUAUCUACACUGGUGAUUACUACAUCAGCAACCCCUGGGUGGAUGACCAGAAAACUGCUAAAGCCUACACUGAGCCAGUUACAACAAGCAAGGACAACCACACUGCUUAUGCAGACCUCUCCAAGGUUACCAAUCAUGGUAAACAUGGGCCAGGGCUGACAACAACUCAGUUGACGUUCAUCGCGCUGGGCGUGUUGGUUGUUCUGAUCGCUGCGAUUGUGAUGGGGGUGGUGAUGUGCCUGGACAGGCAGCAGAGACAGAUCGAGCAGCAGCUGAUCAUCCCGUCCGAGAACGACCACCUGAACCCCAUCACAAAAUCCGACACCGAGAUCUGCGGGUACCCUGUCAGCAGGAGGAACGGUACCGACCAGGUCGUGAAUAACCCCACGUUUGGGGACGUGUCGCCAGGACAGGCUCGACGGAGUCUGAUCGCGGAACUUACCAUGGAGUUUGAUGACGAGACGGAGGACGUAGCAGACAUGCUGACCAAGACACACGCGUACCACUCCCACAAGAACCACAAAAAGUGCAAGAAAUUCCGCCGAGCUGACAACAAGGAGGACCAAUUUACUGAUGUUUUGUGACAGUGAUAAUCAUGAUAUGUACAGGAUACAGGACAGAAAGGACGAGUUUGAUAACCCUUCUCUCUUUCAUUUUAACAGUAAUAUAUCUUUCAUCCAAAUGGACUACUAACAACAAGGUUCACAGCAUCCUUGGCAAAUGUAAGUUAUAACUUAUUCUCAUUGCUUUUUCUACAUGUCUAUAUACAUGUACAAGUGUACAUGUAUGUGCAUAUAUUGUAGCAAUACAGUCACCUUUCAAUCCUGUCUCGAAUGUACAUUGAUAGUAUGCACCAGUAUGCAGAGAGAGAAAAGUAAUGGUGCAGUGUGAAAUGUAGCUCCAAUUUUGUAAGCUAACAUAUCAAGAUACAAUACUUGUUCUUCAGAAGCAUGUCAGUUUUGGUGAUGCUUGUAGCCAAAAGGUUACAUCUGUGUAUAUACAUUUGUACGUGUAACUUUAAGUCUCAUUCUCCAUGAAGAGAGAACAUUUCAAGAUCCAACACACUAUUUAAUUUAGAUCCUAUGAUAAUUUAUACAGCAGAUCUCAUGUUCAAUGAUGUACUGUGGAGAAUGGCUAUAAUGAAAUAAGCAUAAGAUAUAAUGUAGAAGAGGUAAGAUUCAUGCAGAGAGUCAUGAUCAUCAUCCCCACAUGUACAUGUAUUUUGCUUUUCAAUUUAGUCGUUUGCCUAUCAAAAACUCUGAUAUAGAAUAAACUAAAAUUGAGG